AUGGGUACCAACUGCAGCAGCAACAGUGGAGAUGAAGGGAAAGAAGAAGAAAGGCCGUCCUUCCAAGAACCCUCUUCCCCACUCAUCCUAAACCCCACGCGCCGGAACCCUAAUCAUUUCAAUUCCCCGCCGCAGCCGGAAUUCGAUGACGAUGAGGACGAGCGCAAGGAGAAGAAGGUCAAGCUCGUUGUUCGCUUGCCUCAAUCGAAUGACAACACUAAGCUUGGGGAAAAACAUCACCAGCGGGACAACAGGCGGCAUUCUCGAGAUUCUGAUUCGGGUUCUGGCUCUGGGUCGGGUUCGGAGUCAGAUCCGGAGUCUGAGGAUCGGGCGGAGUGUGCGAAGAAACGCAAGAUUAAUGAAGUUGAUCGCGGAUCUGACGACGAGGUUUUGGAUCAGGAUAAAGAGGACGUGAAAGCGACAGGCACUCCUGGACAUGGAUCACCAUUGGAGUCUGGUCCCACAACUCCUUUGCCAGACAAAAAGUUGUUGGUCUUCAUUCUUGACAGGCUUCAGAAAAAGGACACUUAUGGGGUAUUUUCUGAGCCGGUUGAUCCCAAUGAGCUACCUGAUUAUUUUGAUAUAAUAGAGCAACCUAUGGAUUUUGGGACGGUGAGGAAGAAACUGGAUGAUGGGGCUUAUAAAACCUUGGAAGAUUUGGAGGCUGAUGUGUUUUUGAUUUGCUCAAAUGCCAUGCAAUAUAAUGCUUCAGAUACCGUCUACUAUCGGCAGGCACGAACUAUACAAGACCUUGCGAAGAGAGACUUUGAAAAUCUUAAGCAUGAAGGUGAUGAUGGCGAACCACAGCCCAAGGUUGUGAGGAGAGGCAGGCCCCCCAGCAGCAAGAAUCAGAAGAAGUCUCUUGAAACGUCCCCAGUAGAUCGUGUUGGUGCUGAGCUACCUUCAGGUGCAACUCUUGCUAAUGGGGAAGAUAAAGCAACUGGAUCUAAUUCUUACAAUCUAAGAAAGGGAUCUACAUUAUUUAGGUUUCGGUCUACAGAUCCAUUUACAUCAUCUCACCGCUCAAGAAAUGGUGAAAACUACUCUGAAUGGUCGACGGAAUGGAAUUAUGAAUUUCCAGCAUCAAUUUUAAGGGCUGACAUGAAAUACGGAAAGAAACAGUUUACGGUGGAUGAGAACAAGCGUGAUACCUACAGGGACUCACUGUCUUUGUGCAACAAUUUGCAUAUUUAUCCGAAUUCUAUUGGAAAUAUGAAGCGAUUAGUGCCGGUGGGUCUUCAAGAAGCCCUUGCUUAUGCCAGAAGCCUGGCUAGGUAUGCUGCAAAUCUUGGCCCCGUAGCUUGGAAAAUGGCGACAAAGAAGAUAGAGGCUGUCUUACCUGCUGGGAUACAAUAUGGUCCUGGCUGGGUGGGUGAUAAUGAAGCACCUUCACGGCCAUUGCCUUUUUCAACUGAGAAGCAGAUAUCUUCUAAUAGCACUGCUGGUGAUUGCAAUUCAGGCAAAGUUGUGACACCUCCGACUUCUGAUUUCAGUUCUGGUCUUGCGCACGGUUCUUCUGAAGGAAUGGUCGAAGCUGUCAGAAAACUGAACAGCCAGAACGAUGUAAUAGGACAAGGCGAUGCUUCUUCUUGGAGAAGGCAAUUUCCUUCCCAGCAAAAUCCACAUCACUCGUACAGAAACGGUUUCAAUGGAAUGUUUGGAUACAAUUUAUCUGCAGCUGCCGGACAAGUAGCAAUCCCAGGACAUUCCAUGACAGAAGGGGUUUCCGUUUUGUCUCAGAAGGUGGCAGCGGCACCUGGGAAUGAUCCAUCUUCAAGUCAUUCAUUGGCUAUGAACCAUGUGAAUUCUGAGCAAUCUAAGUUGUUGAAUACUUCAACUCCUGGAUAUCAAAUGGCACAAGGGCAAGCCUCUGGUUCACAUGCAGAAGCUGAAAUGUGGAAUUCAGGGAAAUCUUCUCAACAAAGACAUACUCUUUCAGUUCCUCCUGACCUGAAUGUAAGAGUUCCAGCAAGUUCACCUACUUCUAGCUUACAGAUUGGUUCACCCCAACAGCCAGAUUUGGCAUUACAACUCUGAACAUUGAUUUAUCGAUUUUUGAAGGCUGCAGCUCCUACCUAGUAUGGAGAAUUCUCGACUUUCGGGGCCCAACACAGGCUUGCGAACGGGGCUGCAGGUCGAUAGACUUUAGGAGACAGCGCGUGUACAGGUCAUGUAUCUAAUUCUUUAGGCGUAACUAAACAACUUUUACUGUAACAUUUUAUAAUGCUGACUACGGGACAGGGAAAAAAAAAGAAGGAAUAUUUAUCUGCUUAUGAUUAUGUAAAACAUUAGAUGAGACACAACACUCUUUUCUCCAAGAUCACUACAAUGUUUAUGUCA